GCAGUUUAUCAUUCAUCAAAGAAGGAGAGAGAGAAAAACACAGCUGAUUGUGGAAAAAGAAACAGACUUUGACAGCUUUGAACUAUCAAGUCUGUUUUAAAACAAGCAUAGCUUCAACCAUACAGAUACAGUCUGACAUGAUGUGAAAUAAAAGUAAAGUCAUCUAAAGAAGAAAACAUGGCUGAAGUAGAAAAUGAAAUUACAGAACCCAGGAAUAAAGACAAGAUAUCCCUUAAUGAGUCUGGGAUUGGUCAAAAUAAAGAUAAGGUAUCCCUAAAUGAGUCUGGAAUUGGUCAAGACACCAGUAUCAUACACACUCCUGGGAAAGCAUACUUGACUAAUGAUGAGUCUGGCAUAGGGAGAGAUCUCUGUUGCAACAACAGUUUAUGUGAUGGGAUUGGAGGAUCGACAAAUUGUUCUAACGAUUGCGAUAAAUCUAUUUUGGGAGACAGUCCAUGUGCAGAUAUGACUGAGCACAGUAAAAAUGGUGUCUUAAAAGAAACAGAUGAUACUAAUAAAUGUACGAUUGUCUGUGAAGAUUCAAACAAUGUUAAAACAAUGUGUGAUAUAAAGCAAAAUGAUGAAACCAAAAAAACAACUGAUAAAUGUGAGGGAACAAACAAUUUUACCGACAAAAGUAUUGGAAUAAAAAAAGAUGACAGUGGUCUAGAUUUGCAUAGGUCCCCAGGGAGAGAUGGUGUAUCAGAUCUGGAUGUAAGUGAAUCUCAUAGUGAAAGUGGCGCCAUGUCUACAAAAACAGACUCAGGUCUUGCAUUAAGUUCAAAGUUGUCAGAAAACGAAGACUCUUCUAGAGAAUCAUACAAUUCCAUAGUUGGACAGGGCAUGGACAUGGAUGAAAGUGAACCGUCGUGUGAUGCAACAAUGCCGUCAGGUGAUGAUGAUGAUGUUAAAGAGACAGGCAAUGAAAGUGAAAGUGAAAGUGAAGAUGAAGACGAUGAAGUUAUUGUGAGGACAAAGAAAAUAAAACGCAAGAGAAGAAUGAACAGAGUGGACUCAAGUAGUGAAAACGAAAGUAGUGACAAUGAAAGCAGUGACAAUGUGGAUUUAGAUUCAAGUGUUCAUAGGAGUGAAGAUGUUCUUGAUUCUGACGACGAUUCUGAUGUGGAAGAGAAAAAAAGUAGUGAGUCAGAAUCAGAAGAAGAAGUGGCAUUUGAAAAUGAAAAUCUGAAACAAACAUUCAAAGCAAUAAAAGAUCUGCGCAACAGAGAAUAUGGAUAUUCAAAAAAGAUUCCACCAUCACAUUUUAGAGAGAAAGUUCAGGGAAGUGUAAAUCUAGUGAAGAGAUUUGAAUUACAAUGCAAACUUGAGUAUCAUGAUGGAUGUGUUAAUGCAUUACAUUUCAACAGAAUUGGUACACUUUUAGCCAGUGGAUCAGAUGAUUUGAAUAUAGUUCUUUGGAAUUGGAUACGAAAAAGACCAGCAUUAUAUUAUGACAGUGGACACAGAAGCAAUGUGUUUCAGGCAAAGUUUAUGCCAUUUAGUGGUGAUUGUCAUGUGGUGAGUUGUGCCAGGGAUGGACAGAUACGAUUGGCUGAACUUUCACUGACUGGUGUGUGUAAAAAUACAAAAAAGUUAGCUCAACACAAAGGAGCUGCUCAUAAGUUGGCUUUAGAGCAUGAUUCUCCCCAUGUAUUCCUAAGUUGUGGAGAAGAUGCUUUAGUGUAUGGUGUAGACUUAAGAGAAGAGAAACCAACUAAACUGGCUCUUACGAAAGAAGGAGAUAAAAGAAUACCAUUAUAUUCCAUCCAUUCAAAUCCUGGCAAUUCAUUUGAGUUCUGUGUUGGUGGGCGUGAUCAUUUCAUCAGGGUGUAUGAUAAAAGAAAGAUUGAUAAGGAAGAUCCAUCUUCAGGGCUACUGAAAAAGUUUUGUCCUCAUCAUCUGGUAGACAGUGAUGUAAAGGCCAAUGUUACAUGUGCUGUGUAUAAUUACAAUGGAACAGAAAUAAUUGGAUCUUAUAAUGAUGAAGAUAUCUACAUGUUUAAUAAUUACCAUACUGACGGUGCAGAAUAUGUUAAACGCUACACUGGACAUAGAAAUAACCACACCGUAAAGGGAGUGAACUUCUAUGGCCCCAAGAGUGAGUUUAUUGUGAGUGGGAGUGACUGUGGACAUGUUUUCCUGUGGGACAAAGAGACAGAACAGAUUGUACAAUAUCUAACUGGAGAUGACAAUGGGGCAAUAAAUGUAUUAGAACCCCAUCCAACCUUGCCAGUACUAGCUACCAGUGGAUUGGACCAUGAAGUCAAGAUAUGGUCUCCUAUGGCAGAACAGCCUACAGAUCUCAAAGGAAUUAAAAAGGCAACAAAACGGAAUAUGAAAGAAAGAGAAGAUGAAAGAAUACAUGAUGUAGAUAUGAUAGACGGGCAAAUGUUAUGGUAUAUUAUGCACCACAUGCCAAGGGCAAGAAGGCGGAGAGAAAGAGAAGCUGAAGGUGAAAGAGACUCAACCAGCACAGAGAACAGUGAGAAUGAUUCUUCCGAUUCAGAUGAUAUUCCCAGAAUUCCCUGUGCACCAUCAUAGUAAACUCGACAUUUCCUGUGCCAUAAAUUCACUUUGUCAUGUUUUCUACAAAUUCAAUUUGUUAAACAAAAACUGUCAGUAAAUAACUUAGGAGAAAACUGUUGAACAAUGUGUUUUUAUUCAUACAGUUUUGUCCAAUCAAUGUCUCCCAUUUUUAUAAAGCUUUUAAUAAAAUGAUAGGUAGAAAUGCUGUAAUAUAAUGAACAGUUCAUGUCAAUCCUGCAUUGUGUCAAAGUCUAUAAAAUGAUAUAUUAAAGCAAAAAUUCAAUUUAUUUUUAAGUAUUUUAUAUAUGAUAACAAUACCGGUGUUUCUUUUAUUUGUGUAAAGGUAUUCAUGUUAUCUUUGUUUCAAAAAUACAUUCAUUUUCAAAUUCAUUUUUACUGUUUAAAGUUGUGGAUAGAUAUGCAUUUUGAAUUCAGUCUUGACAAAGAAACAAAUAUUUUAUUGAAAAUAUGUCAUUUUGUGAUUUUGUUUGUUUAUACCAUAGUUUUGAUUUUCCAUUUUUUUGCAACAUAUUGAAUUGUUGUUAUGGUAUUCAGAUUAUAUAUCAAACCAUAAUUCUGCUUGUGUAUAUAACAAUAUACAUGUUCAUAGUUAUUGAUGGUUUUUGUUUCUGACAUGUUGACUGAGAGCAUUUAAUGUUUAAAUCAUAAUAUGAAAUAUUUUUGGAACAUUUAUUUUUCCUAAAAUCACAAAUAUCAUUUUUGUUGAAUGUUUACUCCUAGUCAGAGAAUUAAUCUGUCAGAUUUGAUGGACAUUCUUGGUGAUUGCAGAACCCAAGUGCUUGUGGGUAAUUUUAUUGUGUGUACACCAAAAUGAGCAUGACAUUUCACCGAUAAUUGGAUAUCCAUUGUUUAGGAUGCUGUUUUGGUGUACAGUUUGGAAAUAUUUCCCAGAAUUCAUUAGACUCUAAUUGUCCUGAAAGGCUUGUAAGCAGUGAUCAUGUUUGCUAGUCUUGUGAAUGUAAAUAUUGUUAUUUGAUGAAGGGAGUGAUUUGUUUUGGUAAAAACAUUUGUGUGUAACAGUGUAAAGUUAUUUAGUACUUAACCAACCUUUGGGACUGAUACAUUAUUUGUUUAGUUUUCUUAAUUUGUUUGCAAUAGACAAAGAUUCUGUUUUUGUGUGUUUCUUAGAUGAUUGCAUGGUAUUUGUAAAAUGGAAUUCUUUUGAUAAUAUUGAAUGUGAAUCUCUGCAUUGCAGGUUAUUGUAUUUUGCGUUAUGCCAAAUUAUGAUAAAAUAAUGGAAUUAGAACAUGAAAAAUUAUCAGGGGCUAAUUUAAGAACCUUAUGUAAAAUAAAUAAUGUGACAUUUUUAUUAAUCUUGGAUUGAACAUUUUUGUGGAACCCCUUAUUACAUGUUUAUGUCUAAAUAUGUCUGAAGUGAGAAUGAAGAGGUAUAAUACUAAUUGUAUGUAAAUAAAUUUUAUAAAUUUAAAGUGUGGAUUUCAGCCAAAUAUAUAGUGAUACGGACACAGAUUUGGUCUCAUGCUAUAUGAAUGUACACAGAAUCAUGCUGACAAAAUCUUUCAAGUGCAAAGAAAUGAUGCAACAUUGAAUUUAGUGAUACUUUUUAUGAUGCAAUGUUAUUAUAAGAUGAUAGUCUAAAAACAGAUUUUGUUCAAAUUUAUUAACUUUUGGUAGAAAUUUUUCCUUAAAAACAUAGUCUCUUAGCUUUUCUGGCUUGUACACAAAAUGUAUAUGUGUAAGUGAACUUUUCACUACAUGGUUUAAGUUUUAUUUUUUAAAGAGUAGAAAAUCUGAUUUGUUAAUGAUGUUCUGUUACUUUUUUGUGUUAGUAUAGUCAGUUUACAAUAUCAUCGCUUCAACAAUUCAUGAACUUUCAUUGUCUAAUUUUUUUAUACCACCAACAUUUCACUUAUACAAGAAGGCACUUCUGAAAUAUAUUGUUUGUAUAUAGCAUUGUCAUUUUUGAUUCCACAUUGAUUAGAUUUGUUUCUUGUGGAUACAUAUAUAUAUUUAUUAUGUUCUUGUAUGACAAGAAUUACCAUGAAGUAUAAAUACAACUUAAGAAUGUGUGAUAAUUUAUACAACAUUGUUCCUUUGGUGAUGAAAACCAUUAAAAGCAUAGUUUGA